GGCAUAGGUGCUGUUAAGUGCGCGCGAGCCAAAGCCAUCUGCACACACCUGGUUGUAAAUUGACUAAUUGACGCUAUCUUGUUUUUUUCUUUUUUUAAAUGGCGCCUCGUAUUAAAUGUAUUAAACCAUUCGCCUCCUUAUUCGCAUUCUUGUUAUAUGUGUGCGGAAUUUCAUUCGCUGAAAAAACUGUCGGGCUCGAAAUAAAAUGCGGAGAAGCCAAAGUGAGAGUCACCGUAAAGAGACACUUUUUCGAGGAGAGACUCAUUCCCUUCAAACCCGAGUAUCUUCGACUCGGAGCAAACUCAACACGGCAGAGUUCGUGUGGACCAAACGGACCCACGUCUGAAUCUGAAAUGGUCAUCUCCGCAGGUCUACAAGAAUGUGGGACUGAGUCCAGUGUUCAUGGUGAGUUUCUUGUGUAUUCCAACCAGCUGGUACUGUUUCCUGCUGUGGUUCCCACCUUUACAGGCAGUGCGAUAGUUCGAGGGGCAACUACUGUCAUACCUGUUGACUGCCACUAUAGAAGAAAGCAGACGGUGAGUGGAGAACCAUUAACUCCAACCUGGCUGCCCAUGACAUCCACUGUCAGUAACUUUGGCCUUCUGCACUUCUCCCUUCGUACCAUGGCAGGUGGUUGUACCUCUUUACGUAGUUCCUCAGUGUAUCAGCAGGGGGAGGCAGUGUUUUUGGAGGCCAGGGUGGAGGCCCCACUGCAUCCUCCUCUUACUCUAUAUGUCGACUACUGUGUUGCUACGCUACAGCCUGACUCCCUCUCCUUGCCAGGCUACAAGUUUAUCACUAAGCAUGGAUGUCUUAUGGACAGUGUAUUGCCAGGGUCGUCAUCUAAAUUCCUUCCUCGAGAGCAAGUUAACAGACUAUGCUUCAGUGUCGAAGCCUUCCACUUCAACCAGCAGACAAGGGGACCGAUGUUCAUCAGCUGUCACCUUAGAGCCGUUCUGAAAGGAAGCUCACAUAGCCACCUCGAUAAAGCUUGCUUCUUCCAUAGGCCCACAUUCAGCUGGCAUGCCAUAGAGGGAGACUCUGCUCUGUGUGAGUGCUGCGACUCUGAGGACUGCUUUAGACAGACUGAAGAAAGCAGUGACCACACUGGACACACACCUCAACCAAAUGCAGAAAAGAAGCAUGAGGCGGACACAAAAGUCGGGCCACUUUACACCCUACCACGCUCCUAUCGGACAGGCCGUCUGUCAAUCAUUCACUAAUGAGCCUUUUCACAACUCACAAAUAGGUGGGUACAGGCACUGUCAAAACCAAGACAAGGUGUAUGACAAUAAAGCAUCUAUCACAUACAGUUUUCUCAUUACUUGUAAAGUUUGGAUUAUAAUGAUGGCAAAUUCAUUUCAUUUGCCAAUAUUUUUCUGGAUUAUAAAAAAGUUUAGUUGGAAGCCAUGGGAUAUAAAGCAACCGGCUCUACUAAUUAAUAUUUUAGGUAAAUACAAAAGCCAUUUAAAUGCGGGAUUUAUUCUUUGUUACUUUAAAACCCUGAUGGUCUUUUGCAGCACUAUUUCAUUAAAGCCAUCACAACAGCUCCCUCAUCGACACUGCCAACAGACAGAAUAUGUUUGCAGAAGAGAUGAAUAAACUCAUGUAAGGAGGAGAGUUAUGUGUUCACCAUCGCAGUGUCUUCACAUGUGUUUUGCAUGCUAUAUGUCAAUGCUGUGACCCAGUGCUGUUCUGCUUUUACUAAGGAUGCUCCUAAACCAACGGGUUAGUCAUUCAUGCUUACUUUGAGGGUGUUGUACCUGACCCCAGGAACAACAAACAAAACAACACAGGCCUUUUUUUACAGU